CCAUACAGCGAGACGCAAGUGAGAUAAUAUACAUAGUGAAUCAAUUUACCAUUAAGAAUCGCGCGUCGAAACGUCAGUUCGCAAUACCUCUGAGCGAAUCAGCUGGUCGUCGAUUCGUGACCGUCACUCGGACGACCGUGACCACGUGUUCGGCUGCCGUAAGCUACAGUACGCGCUUGGCUUCCGUGCCUUUGUUAGUUAUCACUCUGUCUCUCUCAUUCUCUUGCUGCAGCUAAUACCUCAUUCGCAUCAGUCUAUGCUCAUAAAUCGCAGUAUAAGCAAAAAAAGCAAUGUAAGUAAUUGACUUUGAGACGCAGCGUCUCUGUAGUCGGUAUAUAAGGCGUCGUAUAUCUGUCUCGCUCUUUCUCCCGCGCGCGCGAGCGCCGCCGUGCGCGUUCGCACUGGUUUCUCGCGCAUCGAACGAGUAACGACACGUGUACACUGUACAAUUGUAUAUUUACAGUCCGGCAAAGUAGCAGUAGUUAUAUAGUUGCGCUCGGUCUGUUUAUGUGUCUACAGCGUCAUGUCUCAUCGCGCGAACAGUGACAAUAUUCGUUAAAAAAAGAAAAAAAAAAACUACAGUGCGUCGUUAUCGUCCGUGUACGCGUAAGUGCGUGCAAAACUCGAGAUGACCAUUACCGACGACGAUCUCAGCGACAGCGACGAUUCCAUCAUCGUUCUCGAUCCAGCCGUGCCCCCCUUGACGGGCCCACAAAGAUUGGAAAGACUGCGGAGCCUGCGAGAACGCUUCGAUUGGGGCCUACAAGCGGAACGUCGCGCGCUCUUCGGUAAAUUCAAGACUCUGAUCUGGGACUGGACGGACCAUCUGCCGGAUCUGCGCGACUUCUUCGCGCGCGACGAGAUCGACUGGAUGCUCGGUGACUUCGUGCUCGAUUACGACAUCGAGACGCUGCCCUUCUUCGAGUUCGUCCACGCGACGGGCUACAGGGACGCGCCCUACGUGGACGAGGCGGGCGAGCCGACGCGGCUGCGUCGCGCCACGGCCCUGCAUCUCGCCCUCGAUCAGGUGCCCCAUCUGCGCAAAGAGAUAGCCCUGAAGCUCUUCGAGAUCUACGACAGCUACGACGCGAAUUACGAGAACGAGCACGGCCAGACGCACUUUCACGUGGCCUGCGAGUUGGGAUGCGCCGAUAUAGUGGAGAAAUUCUUGGAUCUCGGACAGAAUCCCGAUCUGCCGGUGGGAAAGACAGGCAAGACGCCGCUGCAGUUGGCCGUGCUGGCGAAACAGCGGGACGUCGUCGAGGCGUUGCUGGAUCACGGCGCCGAUCCCAAUCUCGUCGACAAAUCCGGACAGACGGUUUUGCACUCGGCUUGCACGGUGGCCGAGAGCGACGACGUCGAGGUGGCCGCGAUCAUCGACACGAUGUUCGAGAUCUGCACGGAGAGACGUCGUACGAUAGCGAUCGACGCCCAGGACAAGAAAGAGCGGACGGCGCUGCACCUCGCUCUGCUCGCCGGACAGAGACCGAUCGUCGAGGCUCUGCUGAGGUGGGGCGCGGAUCCCAAUCGGAGCUGCCCCGACGGGAACGCCAGCGCGAUGACUUAUCUGCACAUCAUCUGCCGGAUCAGGGGCGGCGACGAUCGCAUGGCCGAGCUGUUCCUCGAGACCGUGGGGGACAUCGGGCGCAGCGUGGCGAUCGACGCCCGCGACACGCUGGGCUGGACGCCGCUGCACUACGCCCUGUACUACGGCAAACGCAAGACGAUCGAGUCGCUGCUGAAAUGGGGCGCCGACCCCAAUGCGCGCCUCACCAGCGGCGGCUUCGCACCCGUGCACCAUCUGGCCCAUCGCCAAACCGAGGAAGAUCUGGCCGCGGAGUUUUUCCGGAUAGUCAGAGCGAUCGGUGAACGGGUGGAGGUGGACGCCGUGGACGAUCAAGGCUGGACGGCGCUGCUCGCUGCCCUGAAUCGGGGCAACGCCAAGGCGUUCGAGGCGCUGCUCCUGAACGGCGCCGAUCCCAACCUGAGCAGAUCGGAGAACGGAUCCACGGCUCUGCACAGGAUCUGCAAGGGCAAGGACGACGACCACGUGCUGCUGAAGAGACUGUUCGAGAUCUGCGUGGACAAGAGGAAGAUCGAGGUGCUGGUCGACGCCCGGGUAAAGGACGGCUGGACGCCGCUGCAUCUGGCAGUGCGCGAGGGCAAACGCAAGAUGGCCGAGGUGCUGCUGAGAAGAGGGGCCAAUCCCAAUCUGACCCGGGAGAACGGAUCCACGGCUCUGCACACCGUCUGCAAGAGACUCGGCGACGACGAGGUCGCGGAUGACGCCGGCGACUUGGUGACUAUGAUAUUCGAGCUGUGCAGCGAGGCGCACAAGCCCCUACUGGUCGACGCCCGAGACCAGUACGGCUGGACGCCCCUGAACCUGGCCCUGUACUAUCGCAACGCGAGAGUGGUCGAGGCGCUGCUGAGAGGUGGCGCCGAUCCCAACCUGAUCCACGCCAAGGGAUUGACGUCUCUGCACCUCGUCUGCCAGGGUAAAACCGACGACGAGCUGCCGGAGAUAUUUUUACGGCAGGUCGAGGCGAUCGGCAAGACGACGGCGCGGAUCAUCGACGCCAUGGACGAGACGGGCAAGACGCCGCUGCAGCACACUCUGAGCAACGCCAAACGCAGGCACAUCGAGAUUCUGCUGAGGAGGGGCGCGGAUCCGAACGCGGCCGACGCGAGGGGAUACACACCCCUGCACAGUAUCGCGUGUCGCAAAAAAGAGGACGACGGCUUGCUGGAGAAAUUUCUCGAGAUCUGCGGCGAGCUACGGAAGACGGUCGUGGUCGACGCCCGGGACAAGAACGGCUGGACACCGCUGCAUCUGGCUCUGUACAGGCGACACAGGGGAGUCAUGGAGACGCUGCUGAGGGCAGGAGCCGAUCCGAACUCGGCGACGAGGAGCGGCUCCACGGUUCUGCACAUAAUGGCCAAGAAACGACUGGCCGCCGACGACGACGACUACGACGAAAACGACGACGACGACGACGACGACGACGACUUGGGCGACAAGUUCUUCGAGAUCUGCGACGAACUGGGGAAGGAGGUGCGGAUCGUCGAUGCUCAGGACGAUCUCUGCUGGACGCCCCUUAAUCUGGCUCUGUACCACGGCAACGACGUGUACGCCGAUCUGCUGCUGAGGCACGGCGCCGAUUCGAAUUUGGCCAAUUGGCGAGGCUGGACGCCUCUGCACUCGAUCGCCGCCCGCAAAAUCGACGACGGCUUGGCCGAGACGUUCUUCCGGAUAAUCGAGGACGCGCGCGCGACGUUGCGCGUGGACGUCAAGGACAAGAGCCGCUGGACGCCGCUGCAGUUGGCCGUGAUGCAUCGUCUGCCCCGUAUGGUCGAGACGCUCUUGACACGCGGCGCCGAUCUGGCCAGCUUCGUCUUUCCGAACGUGAUCUGUUUCGAGAGGGUCGAUGAUCACCAGGGAAAGGGCCUCAAGCUGAGAGAAGCGGCGAGAACGAUGCAAGUCGUCCAACGCCUGGAGAGCCGUGGAUUCGAGGUGAAACGCCGGCACGUCGUCACGAUCGCGUCGUUUUUCUUCGACCACCUCGCGCUCGACGCGUCGCAGCGUCUCGAGUCCUGGCACGACGACGAGGACUUCGCGAGUCUGGCCAAGGAGAUCGCGAUACGGCCGAGUCUCACGCUGUACGACCUGACCCGCUCGCGGAUGCCGCGGGUGGAACCCGCCCUCGCCUACGAGGAUUACGCGAGACUCGCCGAGGCGCAGGAAUUUAAUCGACUGGCCGAGGAGCACGUCGUGGCGUGCACGACGCACCUGUGCGAGAUGAUGUCCGCGGACUUUUUCCAGCGAUGGGGGCUGGAUCCUUUCGGGGGGUUAGGAAGGACGACGACGACGACGACGAACGGUAGCGCCGUGCCGAGUAGGCGAAAUCAUUCCGACGGAGAAGAGAGCCAAGACGCAGAAGUGAUGCCAAGUCCCUCCAAAAAGUAAUAAAAUACGGCGAUGUUGAGAAAUCGUGUGCAAGAUUUGUAUUAUGUAUUAGUUAGAUCUAUUAUGACAUGAAAAUAAAUUUUUUUAUAAAAAA